AUAAUCCCACAUAUUAACUACUGUAUAGUAAUAUCAUUUGCUUAAUUAUGAUUUUCUGAACCUUACCAAUAAUAUCCCUAUUAAUAGUGUCCUUAAAUAGAAGUUAUGGAGCAAUUAGAAUUUAACUCCCAUUCAUCCAUUUGAAGAGGAAAUGUUUUUUUAUUUGUAGUCAUGCGUAGAAUAAUGUUUUUAAGCCUUCUAUGUGUUUGACUUUCUCUAAACAAUUUUCUGACCUUCAUUGCCUCACACUCUCAAUAACAAUUUUAAGCAGCAAAUGUGAACUUGAAACUUGAUCCGACUACCUUUUGAAGAAAAACUAACCCAUUAACAUGCUUGAUGCUUCCAACAUGGACACAAGCAUUGCCUACUAAAAUGUUACAGAUAUUUCUUAUUGGGUCAUGAAAGGUUCCUAGUUGGGUCCAUCUAUAUGCAACACCGAAUAGCAUAAUUAUAUGUUAAGAACAGCUCCUAAAUCAAUGGACCCUAAAUGUAAUGCUGUGAGUGGGAGACACAGAAAUGGAUGUUUGUCUGUGAUGACUUGUGCUGCAAUGUGAUUGUCGUAACAGAAAGUUUGGUGGGUGAGUUAGGCUAGAAUUACAACUCUUGGUAGAGACAAGCCUCUCUAAUGCUCAGCAUUCAGGACUUCUCUUUCUCUUCUUCCUUGGUUGAUCAUAAACUGAUCUUAUCUCAAAGGGGAUAUUACUCAAAGGUGGACAUGUGUUAGAUGCUCUAGCUUCUUGUCAUACUAUUGCAUUUGAUAAAACAGGAACAUUAACCACAGGAGGACUUCUAUUCAAGGCAAUUGAGCCCAUUUAUGGUCAUAAUGUCAGAAAGAAUGAGUCAAACAUUUCUUCCUGUUGCAUCCCUACCUGUGAGAAAGAAGCUCUUGCUGUUGCUGCAGCUAUGGAAAAGGGUACUACUCAUCCCAUUGGAAGGGCUGUUGUUGACCAUAGCGAAGGCAAAGACCUCCCAUCUGUUUCUGUUGAAAGUUUUGAGUACUUCCCUGGAAGGGGCCUUAUUGCUACUGUUAACAGCAUUGAGUCAGGAACUGGAAGUGCUAAGCUAUUGAAAGCAUCACUUGGGUCUGUAGAUUUCAUCACUUCAUUUUGUCAUUCUGAAGAGGAGUCAGAAAAGAUCAAGGAAGCUGUUAAUACAUCUUCCUAUGGAAGUGAAUUUGUUCAUGCUGCUCUUUCGGUUAAUAAGAAGGUGACACUUAUUCACCUAGAAGAUAGGCCUCGUCCUGGGGUUUUUAAUGUUAUUCAAGAAUUGCAGAAUGAAGCGAUGUUACGGGUGAUAAUGUUAACUGGUGAUCAUGAGUGUAGUGCAAGGAGGGUUGCAACUGCUGUGGGCAUCAGCGAGUUUCAUUGCAACCUGAAACCUGAAGAUAAACUGAGUCAUGUAAAAGACACAUCAAGAGAUACAGGAGGAGGCUUAAUUAUGGUUGGUGAAGGAAUCAAUGAUGCCCCUGCACUUGCUGCUGCAACUGUAGGGAUUGUGCUUGCUCAUCGUGCUAGUGCAACUGCUAUAGCUGUUGCUGAUGUGUUAUUGCUUCGUGAAAAUAUUUCUGCAGUGCCAUUUUGUAUCGCCAAGUCUCGCCAAACAACAACACUGAUUAAACAAAAUGUGGCUCUGGCAUUGUUCUGCAUUACCAUGGCUUCUCUUCCAUCAGUUUUGGGAUUUCUGCCAUUGUGGUUAACGGUUCUUUUACAUGAAGGUGGAACCCUGCUUGUUUGUCUCAAUUCUAUUCGUGCCUUAAACGAACCAUCUUGGUCAUGGAAGCAGGAUUUGUUACAUUUGAUUGGCGAGGUUAAAUCUAGGCUUCUUUCUCUUGGGACAAAUAUUAAGGGCUCAAGCAACAUUACAACGGCGAGUUUAUAACGUGGUUUUAUUUGAAUGUAUUGUGUUUAUUGACAAACGUCAAUAUCCCCAUUUCAUUAUUUGCCGUUAGUUUUCCUUUCUUGAGCCCUCGUUUCCCCCUUUCUAAUGGAAUAAGGAAAAUGGUAUAUUAAGGUAGACUAUGCAUGAACAAUUCUCGAAGUCAAUCAGAGAAUUAAUGAAUUACUAAUGUGAAUAAAUAUUGACGCCAAAAUACAGCACGCUAAGUCCUGAGGUUGAUUUUUACUGUUA